GGGCCGGGGUGUUAGGGGUCCGGGAGGAGACGACCACCGACCACUGCCAGUUCCAGACGCCACAACAAACAAUAUUGGUGACCCGCACUUCAUUCCUGCUGAUUAAUCGAAAAAUAUUCGUGAUGGCACGAGAAGGAGCAUUAUGGAUGGGUGAUCUGGCAGAUUACAUGGACGAAAACUUCAUUAUUGCUGCUUUCAGGGCCUUGGGUGAAGAAAAUGUACAGAAUGUAAAGGUAAUGAAGAACAGGUAUACAGGACACCCAGCUGGAUACUGUUUUGUCAACUUCUCCUCAGACCAGGCAGCUUUGACUGCUAUGCACAAACUCAAUGGGAAAGUGAUUCCUCACAGUCAGCCACCUGUUCGCUUUAAGCUGAACCAUAGCAGCACAAGAGGCAAUAACACAGAUAAGGAAUAUUCUCUUUGGGUAGGAGACCUCACACCAGAUGUUGAUGACUUUGCCCUUUACAAGACAUUUGGCAGCAGAUACAACAGUAUAAAGACAGCAAAAGUGAUAUAUGAUCCUAAUGGACAAAGCAAAGGUUUUGCUUUUGUACGAUUUUAUUCCGAGGAUGAAUACAAAGAUGCCCUCACACACAUGAAUGGCUUCAAGGGACUAGGCCAAAAGCCCCUAAAAGUUAGCUAUGCUGUGCCAAAGAAGCAACAUUACCCAGGAAUGAACCACAUGGGAGGUGACUACAGCCAGUAUUAUGAACAGUACUGGAACAAUUAUGCUGCCUGGCAAAAUUAUGGUACCUACUAUGAUCCAUAUGCUUCUUCAUAUGGUGACUACACCAGUGGCAUAGAAGGGGGCAAUGGAGAUUCUAAGGAUUCUUCUAAGGAAGAUUUUGAGCCAGUUGAAUGGAAUGUUCCCAUAGAUAUCAACAAGACAAACAAGGAAUAUAUUGAUAGGAGUGAAGAGCUCUGGCAGGCAAUAGAAAAGUCCCGAUGGAGUUUCUGGGAUGAUACUAAAGAAGAUGAGUGAUAAACUAUUUUUAUUGAAUAUUUGAUUGAAUUUCACAGGUAUUUGAUACCUAUUUACACUCAACUUUUUAAGAAUGUAGAGAUUGUUAGUAAAUAUCUAUAUUAAAAUGCACCUUUUAUAUGUAAUUUUUUUUUUUUGUUAAUUACCAGUUUGGAAUAUAGUAACUAACAUGUACCAGAGGGAGAAUGCCCACUUUCUUUAUAUAUAUUUCCCUUGAGAAUGCUUGUAGUGACCAUCUUAAGAUUGUUAGUGUAAAUAAGGCAGUUUGCUUUGAUAACUUAAGUAUUCUGUGCACAGUGGAAAGGAAUAUAAAACUGACUUCAAAUCUUAAGAAGUGGUAAUCACUAAUUUACAUUGUCUAUAGCCACAAAACUGAACUUUUUUUCUUUGAAAUAUAGUAGUGUAACCACAGGUAUUUGUAAAAUUGUUUUAUUCUUUUUGUUGCCUUUAAUGUGUUUAGGUUGAUAACUUAGAUAGGAGGAUUAGCUAAAUGGGGAAGAGCCUUGACAUAGCUCAGCUCUGUCUUUCAACCCUGCCAUUGGAUCACACGCCCAUCUCAGGAGCUUCGAUUCCAGGAGGUUUACAGUUAAAUUAUUAUUAAUCAAAAUAUAUGGGUUGAGAAAAACUGAAUGUUGCCAAUAAUUAUCAAUGGCUUCAAUAAGCCCCAUACAGUGACCAGUCAUAUUAUGUGUUAUUACCUAUUGUAUAGUACAAUAUUAAUUGUUGUUGAUACCAAGUUUUUCAAGACCAAGUUGUUUUGGAAACUUACCAUACAUGGUGAUAUUGCAGGCUGAAUCACACGUGCAUGUCUUAUAUGACAGUUUACAUGUGAAAACUAUCAUUGUGAACUUUGCAUGUGACCUGGUAGCAUUUUUAUGUACUGUAGUUACUGUUACUAGUAUUAACUGAUUUUACUUGAUAUGGUAAUAUUUAAGUUAUUCCUGUAUACUAAUAUCAUAGAUGCGCUGCAGAUAUAUUAUUUCAACUUGAAUUUGUUUUAUGAUUAAAAUAUUGCAAUAUUACUACUACAGUAAUUACAUUGGUUUCCAAGAAUGGUCCUCUUUUUAUUUAUUGAAUAAUGAGUACAAACUAAAGGCUUUGUACACAUGGUAAAUAGAUUUGACAAUGGUUGUUGAAAGUUAUUUAGUAAGUUACAUGUAUCUAUGUAUAUUACUGGGAACCCUUUUUCCUCCAUAGCUUGAGGGGUUUGUACUUGAAUAAUCAUUCAUUAACUAUUCAAAAGUUGUAUUUUCUCAUCUGUUUAUAUAUUGUAUUUAUUACUUGAAAUAUAGUAUGUAGUUUGUAAAUAAUAUAUAUCAGUUGCUUGCUAGACAUACAUUUGUGCAGAAUUUUUUUUGUACUGAAGUGAUAUUGAGUUCUGAGUGGGAUUGCCUAUUUUACUUACACAGCCAUCAAAAUUUAACCAUAUUUAGAACUAUUGAAGCAACUGUAUUUUUUAAUCCGCAUUAUACCAUGCACUAGUAUUCUAUCAUUGAUUAAACCAAUGUAAGAUAUAUUAAUGUACAGUAUAAUUAGGUUUAUUUAUAUAAAUCUUUUCAGAUGUAAGAGUGUUAUAUAAUUAUUUUUAGUUCAUAAAUGUUUGGUAGUUUUAAGUUGUACACAACAUUUCAGGAUGAUACCAAAUCAUCCAUGAAUUUUGUGCCAUUUUUUCUCAAAUUUAUUUAUUGUUUUUGAUAUAACCUGACUUUGUACAUGUUUUGGUAUAUUACAGCACUUGUGUUUUCCUCUGAGUACCACAGUGUGCCCAUCUUUUUCAUCUACUACCGAAGCAGAUGUUGCUAGGUAUCAGUUUUCUUUGGUUACUAAUUUUUACUGUAAAUUUCCACAUGUUUAGAAUCAAUUUGUAUAAUUAAAAUGAGGAUUAUGUAAACAUCAAUAAACUUGCAAAGUAACUUUA